AUCUAACCCUUCAAUCUGACAGUCCAGUUGUGAUCAAAGGACUAUCUGGCGAUGGCGAUACACUUCGAGGCUGACGCUGGUCGCACCGGGGGGCAGGUCGGACUGCUGAGCUGGCCUGCGGCUGACGCCGGUAGUAGCCAAGAGCAUCGCGUCCUCCUCUGCGUCUCGUGCAGGGUCGCGAUCCGGCCGGACGACGGCAUACGACUACACUUCUGGCGGACGCACCGUCUCGAGGGCGAGGCACUCGGCCAGAUUGUCGACUACAGCCACGCCGCGGAGCCAAUCGCGAACCCGUAUACUGUGCCACUGCCAGCCGACGGAUCGCCACAUAUAGAGCAGCUACCGGUCGUAGACGGCUUCAGCUGCUCGGACUGCCGUUUCCUAACGACGAGCCCGAAGCUAAUCAAGGUCCACCGCUCGCGAGCGGGACACGCCCAGGUGACGGGCGGCCGUGGUAGUAACGGCGGCUGGAGCGAGGUACGGCUCCAGACUCUAUCGCUGGGGAGCCAUGCGCGGUACUGGGCAGUCGAGCAAGGACCUGCCAGAACGGCCAGUCCCGGCGUAUCCGGCCCUACUUCUGCUUCCUCGCAGUACAUAUAGACGAACGCCUCGCAAGAUACGAAGAAAGCCUAGCGGCCGAGCUAGAGGAGACACGGCGGACGGUUGAUAGCCGGCAGGGACCUACCUUCGAGUCGACCUGGGUCCGCGAGAUGGGCUGGGCAAGGCACCUAGCCGGCAGCGACAUGA